GAUUCGACCACAUCCAUUUAUCCGAACAACAAUUGGCUCGUUGGUGGGGGAGGUGGCUGGUCUUGCGACGGCAGAAAGCAAGGCUUCUUGGUCGGUGAGAUUUUGUCGGACGGGAGCAUUGUAACCCGCCCAGUUUUGGUGGAUUAUUGCAGCUGCUGCCCUUGCUAUUGGUGGCGUUAA